AUGGCCACCACGCAAGGGCAGACCACUCUGGGGAAGGAGGUGGCAGUUCAUGACAUCUUCCAGAAGACUUUGGACAAGACUGGGCACUGGCUCAAGGACAUCAAGAACGAGUGCAACCUGGCCGACAUUCACCAGGCCUACACCCUUCUGCGCGCCGUCCUGUUCACCAUCAGGGACCGGGCGCCGAUGAUGGACACGAUCCACUUUGCGGCCCAGCUGCCGAUGCUGGUGCGCGGCUUCUUCUUCGAGGGCUGGGUCCCGUACGACACGCCUGAUAAGGAUAUCAAGACGAAGCAGAACUUCUUCGAUACUGUCACGUUGCACGUGGGCAACAGGCCAGGCCCUCUCACUGAGGACAUCGAGCGCAAGACCAUGGGCGUACUCAAAGUGAUCAACAAGUACGUCACCAGCGCCGAGAUGAAGAAGCUCGAGAACGUCAUGCCCCACAACAUCAAGGAGCUCUUCUCUCCUCAAGCCCAAGCACCAACGCUUGGCAACGCCGAUUCGCCUCACGGCAGCAGCUGA